GCCAAACAAUCGCCUGUGAUACGAAAGAGAAUCCCACUUUAAUGUAUAAUUUUGUUUUUUAAAUAUAAUUUCAGAAAGAUUUAUCAAUAAAAAACAAAUGAUGCUUAGCAAAUUCAUUUUCGUCUGGUUAUUAUGCCUAACUGCUAUAUUCGUUCAACUGCCGUCGGCCAGCAGCAUUGUUUGGCCCGGGUUUCAUGAGAAGAAAAAACCAAUCGAUCAAAUUGUUGCAACUAUCGAUGCAUGGUUCGGAUGUAAUAAUGAGAAAAAACGAAUCGGUCAACUUGUUAGAACUAUCGAUGCCUUAAAACAGCAGAUCCCGGCCAAAAACACUCUUGCUGAAAUGGAAAAUGCUCUUCGUAGAGAAAAAGCAAAAAAUCAAGAGCUGCUUAAUGCAAUUUCGGAACAUGGAACAAAAGAGCAUGAACUUCAACAGCAAAAGAAAAACUUGGAACAAAAAACUUUAGACCUCGACAAGAAAGUUCUUGAAAUAUCAUUAAAAGAAAAAUUACUUGGACAGCAAAAGAAAAACUUGGAACAAAAAACUUUAGACCUCGACAAGAAAGUUCUUGAAAUAUCAUUAAAAGAAAAAUUACUUGGACAGCAAAAGAAAAACUUGGAACAAAAAACUUUAGACCUCGACAAGAAAGUUUUUGAAAUAUCAUUAAAAGAAAAAUUACUUGGACAGCAAAAGAAAAACUUGGAACAAAAAACUUUAGACCUCGACAAGAAAGUUCUUGAAAUAUCAUUAAAAGAAAAAUUACUUGAACAGCAAAAGAAAAACUUGGAGGACAUCGACAACAAUUUCGAAACAUUACUGAGUAACUUUUCCGAUUGCAAAGAAAAUCAUGAAGUUUUGGUACAGAAUGUAACUAAUGUAACUAACACUCUUGCUGAUAUGGAAAAUGCUCUUCGUAGAGAAAAAGCAAAAAAUCAAGAGCUGCUUUAUGCAAUUUCGGAACAUGGAACAAAAGAGCAUGAACAUGAACAGCAAAAGAAAAACUUGGAACAAAAAACUUUAGACCUGGACAAGAAAGUUAAUGAAAUAUCAAUAAAAAAAGAAUUAACUGAACAGCAAAAUAAAAACUUGGAGGAAAGAAUUGUGUACCUCGACAACAAAGUCGAAACAUUACUGAGUAACUUUUCCGAUUGCAAAGAAAAUCAUGAAGUUUUGGUACAGAAUGUAACUAAUGUAACUAACACUCUUGCUGAUAUGGAAAAUGCUCUUCGUAGAGAAAAAGCAAAAAAUCAAGAGCUGCUUUAUGCAAUUUCGGAACAUGGAACAAAAGAGCAUGAACAUGAACAGCAAAAGAAAAACUUGGAACAAAAAACUUUAGACCUGGACAAGAAAGUUAAUGAAAUAUCAAUAAAAAAAGAAUUAACUGAACAGCAAAAUAAAAACUUGGAGGAAAGAAUUGUGUACCUCGACAACAAAGUCGAAACAUUACUGAGUAACUUUUCCGAUUGCAAAGAAAAUCAUGAAGUUUUGGUACAGAAUGUAACUAAUGUAACUAACACUCUUGCUGAUAUGGAAAAUUCUCUUCGUAGAGAAAAAGCAAAAAAUCAAGAGCUGCUUUAUGCAAUUUCGGAACAUGGAACAAAAGAGCAUGAACAUGAAAAGCAAAAGAAAAACUUGGAACAAAAAACUUUAGACCUCGACAAGAAAGUUCUUGAAAUAUCAUUAAAAAAAGAAUUACUUGAACAGCAAAAGAAAAACUUGGAACAAAAAACUUUAGACCUCGACAAGAAAGUAAAUGAAAUAUCAAUAAAAAAAGAAUUAACUGAACAGCAAAAUAAAAACUUGGAGGAAAGAAUUGUGUACCUCGACAACAAAGUCGAUACAUUACUGAGUAACUUUUCCGAUUGCAAAGAAAAUCAUGAAGUUUUGGUACAGAAUGUAACUAAUGUAACUAACACUCUUGCUGAUAUGGAAAAUGCUCUUCGUAGAGAAAAAGCAAAAAAUCAAGAGCUGCUUUAUGCAAUUUCGGAACAUGGAACAAAAGAGCAUGAACAUGAACAGCAAAAGAAAAACUUGGAACAACAAACUUUAGAACUUGACCAGAAAGUUCUUGAAAUAUCAAUAAAAAAAGAAUUACUUGAACAGCAAAAGAAAAACUUGGAGGAAAGAAUUGUGUACCUCGACAACAAAGUUUUAAAAUUGCUAAGCAACUUUACCACUGAAUUGAAAAAUUGUACAGUUCUCAAGGACAGCCAAAGCCUGAUGUUGGAACAAGAAAAAGGGAGCAGUCUUCGAGACAAAACCGCUCUAAUUGCCAACUUAGAAUUGUGCGAAGAAAAACGCAAAAUGUUUAAUAACUACGUGCUGGAUUCUUUUUUACGCGAUUCGCCUUAUUCUGGAGUAGAAAAUUACACCCGAUACGCAGUGGCUCGAUUGGGGAUGUUGCCAAUCAAAAAUGCGAAACCUUUGAUACCUGAAUUUGGACCAGUCAUCAACGACGUUCUUUCCUUUCGCUAUCCCAUCAACAUUCCGUCGUGUCCAGCAGCAGAAAUAACAAAUAAUAAUUUGGCGAACCCAAGUGUUUUCAUAGUGAUUAUAUCGGGUCCGGGACAUUUCAAAAAGCGAAACGACAUCAGAGAAACGUGGCUGAUUCACCUCAAAAGUGUCCUGGAAAAAAAUCUGCUGGGCAUGGCCAGAUUCGGUUUCUUUCUCGGUCAGAUGACUCAAGACGAUUCGAUUCAAAAGCGAAUCGAAGAAGAGAGUCAGAGACACGGGGACAUCGUCCAAAUCGAAAUGGAAGAUUCGUACCGCAAUUCGACGCUGAAAAGCAUCGCCGUGCUCAACUGGGUUCGGCAGAAAUGCGCCAAGGUCGACCUCGUUUUCAAAGUGGACGACGGCGUCUACGUCAACGUGCACAAUCUUGUUCAUUUCGUCCGCUCCAACUAUCAAUCGAGCAACAGUGUAUUCGGCUACGGCCACAUAUACGACUACUGGACGGACUUUACCCCCAACAGGAUGUACACGACGUUCGAAGAGUAUCCGUGGAGGAACUAUCCCAAUUACUUCUCAGUUGGCGAUCCCAAUCCCUAUUUCAUGCACGGAAGUGCAAUUAUCCCAUUAUUGGCUGCCAGUCAGACCACUCCUUUGAUCCCGUCAUUCGAACCUAUGCCUAAAAGUAGUAUCUUCCUAACAGGAUUGUGCCCGGAAAAAGCCGGUGUCAAGAUGCGAUAUUCCAUAGGCCAACCCAGUAUCUAUUAUUGGGAUGUGAAUACCGUUCCCUGGUCGUGUCAUUUACGAGACUUCGUCGGGUGGCCAACCAACAAUCAAUUCGCCACCCACUCGGCCGUCGACGAUUUUUAUCGGAACAAGACCCAGUGCGUCUGGACUAAAUCGGAUGGAACCAUAGAAAAAAUAUUCGACUUCUCUGCCCCCAUUGUCUUUCAUUUCACUUAGUCUGUGAAACACAAGACAAUGAAAAGAUAAGAUUAAUUCCCUUAAAUUGGAAAUAGGCCUAACGAUGAAAAAUCGUAGACAUACAUUGGCCUAAUAUAUUAGCAACAAUAAUUCGGCGCUUAAUUUUAACUUACACUAGAAUAUAUAGUAAUCAUUUGUCAUGUAGCAAAAUAUAGACUUGCUUUAUCCGGUAAUAAUUGUUGUUCAUUAUUUGAUUUUUUUACAUCCUGCAUGGGGUCAGGGGUUCAAGUCUAUCUCAGACGCCUACGCUCUUUUAUCUCAGCUUCGAUCCACCUGGCUGCCGUCAUCGCCGCCGCCGUCGCCGUAUCGAUCAGCGUCUUGUUAUUCUUUUUUUCGGGUGGGUUUUCUACAACUGAUUUUAAAUUGACUGCCACACGAAUAAGGUCGAAAUACUUUUUCAAUGGCCUGUACAAUUACGUAAAGUCUUUUCUAUUCUUUUUUUCUUGAUUGAAUUUAUAUAAACGGAAUAAAAAAG